AUGUUACCCCUAGAUCUUAUUUAUUCUAUCGUCGACUAUUGUUCCUUUGACGAUCUCGUUUCACUAUGUUUACUGGACAAGUAUUUUCACCGGGCUAUAAUUCACCUUCUCUAUAAAGAUGUCUAUCUUGAACACACCAAAUCCACAGGCCUUUUCUGUAGGACUAUGGUCGAAGGGCGACCCGAACUACGCGCUUUUCCGAAAUCCCUUACCAUAUGUACCCCUAUGAGCCACAUGAAGGAGAUCGACACGCCUUUAGCCAACUCAAUCCGUGCUGCACUAGAACUGACUGCCAAUUUGGCCGACUUGACCCUUUCAGUAACAGCAAGCAACUUUAUGACGAUCUUCAAAGGGUCGAAGUACACAUUUACGCUUCGAAGUUUGACAGCCCCUUUGCACGCAAGCGCUGGAUUUGCCGAUUUUUUGAAUAGCCAGAAGCGACUUAAAGAAUUCAACGUUCUCCCUGCUGCCCGCGGCCUUUUACUCCAACGAAUCCACCCCGACGCAUUCCCCGAGCUUCACGCUUUAUCCUGCAACUUUCAGGCAUUGACCUAUCUUAUCCCUUCACGUCCACUAAGCCGAAUCGCAUGUACCAAGCUGUUGACAACGGAAUUCGAGGCGUUUGGGGAUCUCCUGACACGCUCUGCAGUUCCUAUUAUGAGCGUAGAUGUCGUCUUGGUUCGACCGCGGAGCUCUAUGUUGGGCGUUGUACAAGCAUUCCUUCAGAGCCUGGAAGGCGUUUCAAGCAGCAUUGAACAUUUGUCCAUCACUUUGUCCUUUCCCCUAGAUUUUGUCUCAAAGCAUAACUCAAUUUAUGCGAGGCUCAAGCAACGAAGGUCUACAUUUGAGGGUUUCUCAGAAAUCAGAACCGCAGUUGCCCAGUUCUAUCGGAUCAAAUCGUUCAGUCUUGAGCACGAACGCUGCGUGAACGAUGUUCCUCCUGAAUUUUGUCGCUCUGUGGCUGAACUCAGUCACUUUGGGGUCUGGAAGCAAUCGUCUCCAGCACUCGAGUCGUUGUCAAUCUUUGGCCUCAACCAACUAUGUACGCUCUCUCUCCUAAGCAAGGCCACUUGUGGCGUCAUUGCUCCAGCACUAUACCGCUACGUUACUCUGAGGGAUCGCAAGUCCAUAGAGAGUUUUUGCAAUGCUAUCAUCAAUGGAAGGACUGGACUCCGGAGCUAUCCACAAACAGUUGCUUUCCUUCCUAAGAAAACUCUCAUUAAAGCCCUUAAUGCACUUGUCCCACAUAUCAAACAGGCUCUUGGCCUUAUGAACGCUCUCGUCGAUCUUACACUCGGGCUCCCAGGCAAAAUCAUCAAGGCCAUCUUCCGCGAUGCUCAUCCAAGUCAUUCGCUUCGUAGACUCUCAUGCCCCUUGGUAGCUCAAGCUGGAUUUAAACGCUUUCUGCUGGAGCAAUCAAUGAUUAAAGAAUUAGUUGUAAUUGGGGAUGUUCGAGGUAAAAUCAAUGUGGGAACGCUGAUUCGAAAUCCUGACGAGAAGUUGUUACCUAACCUUGAAUCUCUCUCUGCAAACUAUGACACCCUAAAUGCCCUUGUCCCUGGUCGCCCACUUAAAACUAUUAGCAUGGGAUCCGCUAUUCUUAACGUCCCUCAUUUUCAAACGUUUGGUGCUGUCUUGUCUCAGUCAUCGACUCCGAUAGCUUCCCUUAGCGCUUGUAUUUCUUGCGCGCCAUUCCUUCUUGGCGCAGUGGUCAAUCAUCUAAUCGAAUCUUUGAACGAAAACCAAGUAUUUCCGCAUGCAUUGUCGAUCACAUUGGUCUUUCCCGAAAAGACAUCAGCUGAUCAUCGAGCGGUACAUCCCCAUGUCCAGGAGUGCUUACAAUUAAUGAAGAUAGGCCAGCUUGACGGGCUUGAAAGGUUCGAGGUAUCAGCUCGGGAUUGCCCUUGUCCUUUAACUGUGGAGUUUCAUCGCAUCGCACACGAGAUCGCUUUGCUUCCACGCUGGACCAAUCUCUGUUCUACCUUGAAGGAAGUCACCCUUUUCGGGAAGCUCCUCGAGUAA